UCCCAUCCCCUCCGCUGCUGCAUUUUAGCGCUGUCCGCGGUGCUGACCGCCAAUCCCCUGACAGCAAGCCAUUUCGACCAGCUGGGUUCUGCGGCGCGUGGAGCUUAUCCUCUCGGCCUCCCACCUCUCUUUUUCCAGGCACCUCACACAUAAAUCACGGGUGGGAGGCAGGCUUAAUUCCCCCUGCGCCGCGAAGCUGCUGCCCCCUCCACCCCCCUUGUUCACACAGGGCUUUGCAGCAGUGGUGGCAGCCGCUGCUGAUUCGGGCGCUCAGGAAGCAAUUGAUUGUCUACUGCUAGCAGCCCGGAGUUGCCUAGGCAGACGGCAGAGAGAGAAAGAGACAGAAAGGCUCAGAGAGCGAAAACCUUCAUCCAUGUGGAGGGCAGCCUGCGGGAGCCACUGUCUGUCUCUUGUCCACUGACUGGUCUGAGUUUCUCCUCUUCUGGCACUGGCACCUCCGCUGAGCUUUCAAACCAAGUCAUCAGGACUUAGCAUCUUCCCACCAGCAGGAAAGGGAGGAGUUGGCAAGAAUUUGGUUCACCCGUUUCCCUGCAAUCCUCCGGUUUUGGAGCACGGACUUCCACCAUGACCGACACUGUGCUCAGCAGCAGCUCAGACCGCUGGAUGUGCCCCAGUGACCGGCCCCUUCAAUCCAAUGAUAAAGAACAGCUCCAGGCAGGCUGGUCCAUUGGCCCCAGCGGCCAGCCCGACAGGCAGAGGAAGCAGGAAGAGCUGACAGAUGAGGAGAAGGAAAUCAUCAACAGGGUGAUUGCACGAGCUGAGAAAAUGGAAGAGAUGGAGCAGGAGCGAAUCGGGCGCCUGGUGGACCGCCUGGAGAACAUGAGGAAGAAUGUGGCUGGGGACGGGGUGAACCGCUGCAUGCUGUGUGGAGAACAGCUGGGGAUGCUGGGCUCCACCUGUGUGGUGUGCGAAGACUGUAAGAAGAAUGUCUGCACCAAAUGUGGGGUAGAGACCUCCAAAAACUGCCCACCUCCCGUGUGGCUCUGCAAAAUCUGCAUCGAGCAGAGAGAGGUGUGGAAGCGUUCCGGAGCAUGGUUCUUCAAGGGCUUCCCCAAACAGGUCCUCCCACAGCCCAUGCCUAUAAAGAAGACCACGCCCCAGCCACCUAUCAGCAAGCCUGCUACCCCUGAGCAGCCCAUCCCUGAGCCCAAGCACACUGCCCGGCCUCCAGCUCGAGGCCCUGACCUGGCCUCUGCUCCUGGGCGAGGAAGCUAUGGGCCUCCCACACGCAGGGCCUCCGAGGCACGAAUGAGCUCAUCUAGCCGGGAGUCGGAGAGCUGGGACCACAGCCAGGGUGGGGCCGCCAGUGACUCCAGCCGGAGCCCAGCAGGUUUGAGAAGGGCCAACUCCGUCCAGGCCUCCAGAGCUGCCCCGGCCUCGACGCAGAGCCCAGUGCCAUCUCAGCCUGGGCAGCCAGGGCCACCAGGAGGCAGCAGACCCAGCCCUGGCCCAAGACCAGCGGGUCGCUUUCCAGAUCGGAGAGCAGAGAUGGCUCCGAGUGACCCUGGCUAUACGGGGGCUGCUGCUGCACCACGGGAAGAGAGAACUGGGGGAGUUGGAGGCUACUCAGCAGUGAGAGCCAGGGAGGACCGAGCCGGCCAGCCCCCAGGCCCCUAUUCCCAAGCCUCUGCUGCUGCACCCCAGCCUGCUGUAGCUCCUGCCCACCAGCCACCACCCCCAGAGGAUGAUGAUGAAGAAACCAACAGCUAUGAUUCAGAUGAAGCAACCACGCUGGGAGCCCUGGAAUUCAGCCUUCUCUACGACCAGGACAACAGCUCCCUACAGUGCACCAUCAUAAAGGCCAAGGGACUGAAGCCCAUGGAUUCCAAUGGUUUGGCUGAUCCUUAUGUUAAGCUGCACCUCCUGCCGGGAGCCAGCAAGUCCAACAAGCUUCGUACAAAAACCCUGCGUAACACCCGGAACCCGAUCUGGAAUGAGACCCUCGUCUAUCACGGCAUCACCGACGAGGACGUGCAGAGAAAGACCCUCAGGAUCUCCGUCUGCGACGAGGACAAAUUUGGCCACAACGAGUUCAUCGGCGAGACCAGAUUCUCACUCAAGAAACUGAAGCCCAACCAGAGGAAGAAUUUCAAUAUCUGUCUGGAGCGGGUGAUCCCAAUGAAGCGCGCAGGGACCACGGGGUCAGCUCGAGGCAUGGCCCUUUACGAGGAGGAGCAGGUGGAGCGUAUUGGUGACAUCGAGGAACGUGGCAAGAUCCUGGUGUCCCUCAUGUACAGCACGCAGCAGGGAGGCCUCAUCGUGGGCAUCAUACGCUGUGUGCACCUGGCCGCCAUGGAUGCCAACGGCUACUCAGACCCAUUCGUCAAGCUCUGGCUGAAGCCUGACAUGGGAAAGAAAGCCAAACACAAGACUCAAAUUAAGAAGAAAACCUUGAAUCCUGAAUUUAAUGAGGAGUUUUUCUAUGACAUCAAACACAGUGACCUGGCAAAGAAGUCACUGGACAUCUCGGUCUGGGACUACGACAUCGGCAAGUCCAACGAUUACAUCGGAGGUUGCCAACUGGGAAUCUCGGCCAAGGGAGAGCGCUUAAAACACUGGUACGAGUGUCUAAAAAAUAAGGACAAGAAAAUCGAGCGCUGGCACCAGCUACAGAACGAGAACCACGUGGCAAGCGACUAGGACGGAGCCCAGGUCCCGGAGGCCGGGCCCCACCCCAGGCCCAGGCCACCCCCCAGCCUGCCCCAGCUGCCCCCUGCACUCUGGUCCCCUCCUUUAUGCCUCGCUUCCUCCCACAUCUCCUGCCACCCUCCCCGAGCCUGCCUUGGAGGUCUCCCCUCCCCUUGGGCACUGCCACCAAAGACCAUCUCUGCUCUCCCGGAUGCUGGAAGGCAGGCUCCUUGGUCCCUCCAGAUGGAGCAGUCGGCAUGGGACGGGUGUUAGUUUUACAAGGAAGGUGUUAAUUUAAUAGCCUCUCCGUUUGGAUAAACUGUGAAGGCUCUUCAUCCUUGGGGACUGCUUUUAGACCCUCCUGGCCUUGAACAGACACGCAGGGACGACUUGACUUGGCGGUGCCAAUGCCCUCAGGUGCCAGCACACACGGAGGAGGCAGGACUAGCACAUCCAAGCCCCCACUGCUCCUCCAAAACACACCCCCCGAUUGCCAGGAAAAGAGGCCGCAGUGUUCAAACUACCCAGGGACGAGGAACCCACCCUCCUUGCUCCAGAUGAUCAAGUAAUGGCCACACACAGUACGCAAACGGACUCGGUAGCCCCCUUUCGGGAUGAAGCCUAAUUGCUUCCCAGCCAAAAAUAUCUCCUGUUCCCUCUCGCCUCCCCCCUCCCUCGCCCUAUCCCUGCCUCCUUUGCCACAUUAGAGACUCCCUUUCUCACCCUCUCCCUUCUCUCUGCUUCUCCUCGCCUCUCCCUCUCGAAGGAGGGGUAAUAGCAAAAAAACAAACCAACCCAGCAUAUCUUAACACAGCCUCACCCCUGCCUCCUCUCGCGCACACACCCGGAGAACUGGCAGGAAGCCUGCCGGCCCACUUGGGCAGCAUCUCCAAACCUCCCACUUGGCCUGCGGGCAGAGCCAGACGGCCUGGACAUUGGCGCAGCCCAGGCACAUGGCAUCCCCCUGAGUGGUGCCGACUCAGCCCACAGGGGCUUCCUCAGCCGCCGGCCAUCCCAAGGGUACAGGAGGCCUUUAGAAGACGUCAGAGCUGGGGGUCCGAGGGGAGCCUCCUCCAAAGCCCCCACCCCGUCGCCUUCCUCCAGGACUCUCUGCUGUCACUUAGACGGACAAAAUUCCCCCUUCCCGACUCUUUGACUCCGAUUCUUGGCCUCUCUUGCAUCUUGUCUCUUACUCAGAACCACCUCGAGUUUCUCCAUCUCUCUGUCUGUCUGUCUCUCUACACCAAGUCUGUUGGGAGAAACAAAUAACUGUGGAUUCACACCUUUAGAGAGUGGCAGAUCUGACACCAAAGGCUUUGGCUCCAUCACGAACCAAAGAGAAAUGGAGAUGAGCAUCAACUUGAAGUUGGGGCCGGGCAAUCUCCCAUGGCUGGCAAAAGGCUUGGUUGCCCCAAUUUCCGUCACGUCUCCCACCCUGAGAACCACCCCACUCCAUCAAGUCACCACCGUUCUCUAUGAAAGUCAUCAGACACACACCAAAAUUCUCACUUUCCUCACACUCACGCCUUUUACCCUUCCCUUUUCAUGCCCUCGACCCCCAGCUCCCUGCACAGUUCACUGGAGGACACUCCUUUCUUGCCUUGAAUAACCGUUCUCUAGACACCCACUCUCAGCCUUUCCCCAAGGCGGCCCACAGCUCUCCAGCCACCCUCUUUCCUCUUGACCCUUUUCCUUCUCCUAAGCCCCCUCUGGCACCCACUCCCAGCCGCCCUCCCCUCCGCGGUCUUCCCGGGGGAGAAAGCAUGCUGGCUGUGUCACCCGAGCCUCUCGCUGGUGUUGGCGCUGGAAUCAGCAUGCAGCCAGCUCUCGGUGCCCCGGUCUGGGCACAUUCUCUCCCCCACCCCCACCCCUAAAUGCCACCACCUCCCUGCCUGGAAGACACACACACUCUCCGGUGCAUGCAGAACCGGCCACCGCCUUCCUUCGUGAUGAUGUAGCCAAAAAUAAAAUAGGAACG